AUGACGCCACAUCCCCAGCAAGCGGCGCUCGCACACUCCCUCCGCGACCCAGAAUCCUUUUGGUCGGGACAUGCGGAGAGGCUCCACUGGCACCAGAACCCGUCUCGGGCUCUGACGCGCCAAACCAAGACCCUUCCGAGCGGGGUGCAGCACGAGCAUUGGUCGUGGUUCCCGGACGGUGAGAUCUCCACGACUUACAAUUGCGUCGAUCGUCAUGUACACAAUGGCCGAGGCGAUCAGGUCGCGAUCAUCUGGGAAUCACCCGUGACGCAGACCACGGAGAAAUACACCUACAAGAAGCUGCUAGAUGAGGUGGAAGUACUGGCAGGUGUACUGCGAGAAGAAGGUGUUCGAAAGGGCGAUGUAGUCAUCAUCUAUAUGCCGAUGAUACCCGCCGCGCUCAUCGCCGCGUUAGCAAUAACUCGACUUGGCGCAAUCCAUGCCGCAGUCUUCGGCGGAUUCGCCGCACAGUCCCUAGCGCAGCGCAUCGAAGCUGCACGUCCUCGAGUCAUCAUGACCGCAUCGUGCGGCAUUGAGGGGGCCAAAGGACCAAUCUCGUACCGGCCGCUGGUGGAAGGAGCCGUUGCUGCCAGUACGUACAAACCGAGCAAAGUCAUUGUCUGGCAGCGGGACCAGCUGCGCUGGAACAACCCGGAUAAAUUGGGUGGGCAGCGGAACUGGCAGCGGCUUGUGAAGAGUGCUCGCAUGCGUGGGGUUCGGGCGAGCCCGGUACCCGUAAAGAGCACGGAUGGUCUUUACAUUAUUUACACUAGUGGUACGACAGGAUUACCAAAAGGAGUUCUCCGAGAAGCCGGCGGGCACGCAGUAGGCCUCGAACUAUCCAUCCGCUCCCUAUUCAACAUCAAAGGACCCGGCGAUGUAAUGUUCUGCGCCUCAGAUAUCGGCUGGGUAGUCGGACAUUCAUACAUCCUCUACGCACCACUCCUAGUCGGCGCAACAACUGUCCUCUUCGAAGGAAAACCAAUUGGCACACCCGACGCCGGCACGUUCUGGCGCAUCGUGGAAAAGCAUAACGUCAAUACACUCUUCACCGCACCAACCGCCAUGCGCGCCAUCCGCAAAGAAGACAACAACAACCACCUCUUCAAAGAGGUCGGCGAGCGCAACGGCCUAAAGAGCCUACGCGCCCUCUUCCUAGCCGGCGAGCGCAGCGAACCAAGUAUUGUGCGCGCCUACCAAGAUCUCCUCUCGCAAUACGCCGCACCGGGCGCCGUAGUUGUUGAUAACUGGUGGUCUUCGGAGAGCGGCUCGCCGAUCACCGGUCUCGCAUUGAACAGCCAUGCAGCCAUUGCGUCGCAACUCCCCGCAGAAACGAACAAACCCCUUCCCACCCGACCCGGUUCAGCGGGUCUCCCGAUGCCGGGCUUCGACGUUCGGAUCGUCGACGAUGAAGGUGCUGAAGUUCCCGCCGGAACGAUGGGCAAUAUCGUCAUGGCGCCGCCAUUGGCCCCGACUGCAUUCACGAGUCUCUUCCAGGACGAGGAACGCUUUUACCGCGGGUAUUUGAAGAGAUUUAAUGGGAAGUGGGUGGAUACCGGUGAUGCGGGCUUAAUCGAUGAAGACGGCUACGUGCAUAUCAUGUCUCGAUCAGAUGAUAUUAUCAACGUUGCCGCGCACAGGUUCAGCACAGGAACAAUCGAACAAGCAAUCCUCACCCACCCCACAAUAAGUGAAGCAAGCGUAGUCGGAAUCCCCGAUGCAAUAAAGGGACACCUCCCCUUCGCCUUCAUCCACCUGCACAACCAAACCGAACCCCUGCCCGCAAAGGCACCAAAGAAACUCUUCGAAGAAGUGAACGAGCUCGUGCGCACGCAGAUCGGCGCCAUCGCCUCGCUGGGCGGUAUUAUUCAGGGCCGGGGGAUGAUUCCCAAAACCCGGAGUGGGAAGACGCUGCGCCGGGUUUUGAGAGAAUUGGUUGAGAAUGGGGUUGUGGGGAAAUUUGAUGAGGGGGUUAGUGUGCCGCCGACUGUUGAGGAUGGGGAGGUUGUGGAGGUUGCGAGACAGAGGGUUAGGGAGUACUUUGGGGUUAAGGGGGUGAAGGCGAAGCUUUAG